AUGCCAUCAACGGAGACUCAGCAGCAAAAGCAGCAAAAGCAGCAAAAGCAGCAGCAGCAGCAGCAGCAGCGUGGAUCUAAGCCCCCUUUGUGCCUCACUGCAGACAGUGCUCCUGUAGAUGCAGAUGCUGCAGACGGAGGGGACGGUAGCAGCAACGGGAGCAACAGCAAUGGCAGCAGUAGAAGCAGCAGCGACAGCAGCAGCAGCAGCAGCAGCAGCAGCAGCAGCAGCGACAGCAGCAGCAGUAGCAGCAGCAACAGCGACGGAAUACACGGUGGCAAGACCGAGGAAAAGGAAGAAAGGCUGACGAAGUAUACAGGAGCAGCUCGUGCUGCACCACCAUUAACUGCAGCAGCAGCAGCAGCAGCAGCAGCAACAGGUGGCCGUAUGCUGCCAGCAACAGCAGCAACAAAUGCUGUUGCAGUUGAUUUGCUGCGAAGUCUGCCGGGCAUAACUCCCCUUAAUAUUAACGUCGUUGUAUCACGACACCGUUGCUUCUCCCCUGUUGCAGCAAGAAUUCUAGCAGCAGAAGAAGCAGCAAGCAGCAGCAGCAGCAGCAGCAGCAGCAGCAGCAGAGGUUGUGAUGCUGUUGUGUCUGUCAGGUUCGCUGUCUGA